CCUGACCCCGCGUUGCAAACCUUCACUUUCUUCUCUGAUUCGCAUCCCGGAAAGCACCAAACCCCUCUCAUCCUCCUCCUCUCGCCCACCGUCUCCCGCCCCCGUCCACGCUCACAAUUGCCUCUCUAUUAUAUAUCUCUCCUCUCGGUUGAUCUCUCACUUUCUCUAUGCACAGUUUUGCGGUUCAAAAGCUCUUCGCCGAUCGGAUCGCCCAGUGAGGAUUUCGAUUUCCGACUGCAAUCUCAUCUUGUUCCGUAUUUCAACUCCUCCGGAUCCCUGCGUUCAAUGCUGUUCUCAAGAUUGGAAGAGUAUAAUGAAACUUGAUUGACUAAAGAGUAUUAAGUUCCACAGACCUCUCCAGUCCUUUAGAUCAAUAGUUAAAAAUUUAUCUGAGCCACAACAAUUAGGAAAGCAGACAUCUUAGAUCUUAAGGUUGCCUCGACCGUAUUAGCAACAAAGAAAGAUCAAAAUACAGCGACCAGGUUCAGGGGGUGACUUACCCAAAAGCGGUGAGUUCAACCCUUUUCCUGUGGCACAAAGGGUGAAUUCCUUCCAUACUGUUCCAAUGGAUGAUGAUAUUGAAGGAUUAGGCCCUUACCAAGAGAGGCCUAGAACAUUUCCAAAUAUGCGCAACAAAUCACAUGCACCAUUGUUAUUUCGUGCUCUAAUGAGGAUAAAUGUUCGGGUCCUUUUAGUGCUUCUGCUCUUGUGCGCUGGAGCCAUCUUUUACGUUGGUGCAAGCACCUCCCCAAUCAUUGUAUUUGUGUUCUCGGUUUGCAUUGCCAGUUUCUUCUUGUCAAUUUAUCUCACUAAGUGGGUGCUUUUAAAGGACGAGGGACCUCCAGAGAUGUCCCAGAUAUCAGAUGCAAUACGUGAUGGAGCUGAAGGCUUCUUUAGGACUCAGUAUGGAACUAUUUCAAAGAUGGCAUUAUUGCUAGGAUUGGCUAUCCUUGGCAUAUAUCUAUUUCGAACGACAACUCCUCAACAAGAAGCUUCUGGUAUAGGCAGGUCAACAUCUGCAUAUAUUACUGUUAUUGCCUUUCUUUUUGGGGCAUUGUGCUCUGGCAUUGCUGGUUAUGUUGGCAUGUGGGUGUCUGUACGUGCAAAUGUUCGAGUCUCCAGUGCAGCAAGGCGUUCAGCAAGAGAGGCAUUGCAGGUAGCUGUUCGUGCUGGUGGGUUUUCAGCCUUGGUAGUUGUUGGUAUGGCUGUAAUGGGUGUUGCUAUCCUUUAUGCAAGUUUUUAUGUGUGGCUAGGGGUGGAUUCCCCUGGUAGAAUGAAGUCAGUGGAUUUGCCUUUACUUCUUGUUGGGUAUGGUUUUGGAGCUUCAUUCGUUGCCCUUUUUGCUCAGUUGGGUGGUGGAAUAUAUACAAAAGCUGCUGAUGUUGGUGCUGACCUUGUUGGAAAAGUAGAACAGGGAAUUCCUGAAGAUGAUCCUCGUAACCCUGCUGUGAUUGCUGAUUUGGUUGGAGACAAUGUUGGUGAUUGUGCUGCUAGGGGUGCUGAUCUUUUUGAAAGUAUUGCGGCAGAAAUUAUCAGUGCAAUGAUACUUGGUGGAACUAUGGCACAACGCUGUAAAAUUGAAGAUCCAUCUGGAUUCAUUCUGUUUCCUCUUGUUGUUCACUCAUUUGAUCUGAUUAUCUCAUCUUUUGGAAUAUUUUCGAUUCGGACCAAACGUGAGUCUGGAGUAAUUGGUGCUACAGAGGAUCCUAUGGAAAUUCUUCAAAAGGGAUAUUCAGUUACCGUUGUUUUAGCUGUUUUGACAUUUGGCUUGUCCACUCGGUGGUUGUUGUACACAGAACAAGCACCUUCUGCUUGGUUGAAUUUUGCCCUUUGUGGUUUGGUUGGAAUUAUAACAGCAUAUAUCUUUGUUUGGAUCACUAAGUACUAUACUGACUAUAAACAUGAACCUGUGCGCACCUUGGCUCUUGCUAGUUCCACUGGGCAUGGAACUAACAUAAUUGCUGGUGUUAGUUUGGGUCUGGAAUCUACAGCUCUACCAGUCCUUGUCAUUAGUGUAUCUAUUGUCUCAGCUUUCUGGCUGGGUCGUACAUCAGGACUGGUGGAUGAUACUGGAAACCCAACUGGUGGUUUGUUUGGGACAGCUGUAGCAACUAUGGGAAUGUUAAGUACAGCAGCAUAUGUUCUUACCAUGGACAUGUUUGGUCCAAUAGCCGAUAAUGCUGGUGGAAUAGUUGAGAUGAGUCAACAGCCAGAAAGUGUUCGUGAGAUUACUGAUGUUCUUGAUGCGGUUGGCAACACUACUAAAGCAACAACCAAAGGAUUUGCUAUUGGAUCUGCAGCCUUGGCAUCUUUUCUUCUUUUCAGUGCUUAUAUGGAUGAGGUUGCUGCACUUUCUAAUGUACCUUUCAAGCAAGUUGAUAUAGCCAUCCCUGAAGUGUUUGUUGGUGGAUUAUUGGGAUCUAUGCUUAUUUUUCUAUUCAGUGCAUGGGCUUGUUCAGCAGUAGGUCGGACCGCUCAAGAAGUUGUAAAUGAAGUCAGAAGACAAUUUAUUGAGAGGCCAGGAAUAAUGGACUACAAAGAGAAACCAGAUUAUGGUCGAUGUGUAUCUAUUGUUGCUUCUGCAUCUCUAAGGGAGAUGAUAAAACCUGGAGCCUUGGCUAUUAUAUCACCUACAGUUAUUGGUUUUGUAUUCCGCAUAUUGGGGUACUACACAGGGCAGCCCCUGCUUGGUGCAAAAGUUGUGGCUGCAAUGUUGAUGUUUGCAACAGUUUCUGGUAUUCUCAUGGCUCUUUUCCUGAACACUGCUGGUGGAGCCUGGGAUAAUGCAAAGAAGUACAUAGAAACAGGUGCUCUUGGAGGCAAAGGGAGUGACUGCCACAAAGCAGCAAUUACUGGUGAUACUGUUGGAGACCCUUUCAAGGACACUGCCGGACCUUCACUGCAUGUACUCAUCAAAAUGCUUGCAACAAUCACUCUGGUCAUGGCUCCUAUAUUUCUGUGAGGGUAACUUACAAUAGAAUAUCUUCAAGAGUACAGAUUGAUGUUGUUGGGAACUUUGUGUACAUUGAAUAUGAACAGGACAUCUUUGACGUAAUUGAGGCCUGCUCUAAUGAAAGCAGUUAAUACCAAUUUUCUCCAGCUUAUUGGCUUUUCCUUCUGAGCUUUUGAGUAGUUGCACCAUGUACAGCGGCCUGAUCUCUGUGGUUUCAGUGGAUUGUUAUGAAGGUUUCAUGACAUUCCAGGAAAUUUUUUGGUCAGGCUUCUACGACUUAAGUCGGAGAUUAAUAGACAGUUGCAGCAAUAGGGUUGAUGAGAUUUUACCCAUACUUUCUUUUACUAUACUAUUUUAUAAGAUUCGGCUGACAGUUGUACACUUUUAGCAUCAAUUCCAUGAAUGAAAAUAUUGAAAGUUAAUUCUCUUUGCCUUA